GUUUUAUUGUGUAGUACAUCUUCUCAACAGCAACAAAUGGGAAAAUUAAGGUUUGGCUUUAUGACAACCAAGGGUCAAGAGUUGACCAUGAUGCACUGGGUCACUCUUCUACUGUGAUGGCAUACAACGCUGAUGGAAAAAGGUUGUUCUCGUGUGGGACCAAUAAAGAAGGAGAGUCAUACUUGGUUGAAUGGAAUGAAAGUGAGGGGACUAUCAAGCAUACUUAUCAUGGACUUGGAAAGAGUUCUAGUGGGGUUGUGCAGUUUGAUACCAUCAAAAACAGAUUUUUGGCUGUUGGUGACAAGUUCAUGGUCAAAUUUUGGGAUAUGGAUAAUGAUAGUCUACUUACAAGUACCGAUGCUAAUGGUGGAUUGCUGGCUUCACCUUGUAUUAGAUUUAACAAGGAAGGAGUUCUGUUAGCCGUCUCAACAAGUGACAAUAGUAUCAAAAUUCUAGCAAAUUCAUUUGGGAUUGAGCUGCUAAGGACCGCAGAAAAACAUAUACUUCUAGAGUCACUGUUGGGAGUCUUUUGCAGGUAAGCUUUUUGU